CUUAAAUUUUCCAUUUAAAAAGCCCGGACGACAAGAGCCUCAAUUCAUACCUAAAACAUUUUUAUUGUGGUCGGAGUUGAUCUAUCCGAUCCCCAGAUCUUCCAAGUUCCAGCUAUCAAACGCACUGGCCAAUAUACUGACUUGAUACUGGCUCUCUCGAAUUUCGCUCUCCUUUCAAACUGCGCCUUGUCUCGUCUUGUUUGUAAAGUAUUGGCGGAAAGCCGGUAAUCCCUCACUUUAGCCGGGUCAUGCUUAAACGGAACAUUCAGCAUGACUAUCUACGGCAGGAUGGACGACUCUGUCGAUCCCAAUGACGCGAGCUAUGGCGGCAUGCCCUCCCUCACUUCUUCACCUUCGAUGGAGAGACUCGCCAGUUCUGUUGGAUCUAGUCAUCAUAACUUUGACAAUGCCUUCUACUCGCCGUUGUCUUUUGACACCAUAGAACCUUCGUCUUUGGAACUCGUUCAUACCUCUCAUGACGAUUCGUGCCUUGAUAAGUGUAUGGGUAAUUAUCUUCCCCAAGCGAUACACCGGAACUCCUAUGCGCCGCUUUUUCCUUCGAAGUCGCGGUUUGCCGUCCCAUCAUUUUCGUACCCCUAUCAUCUACCCGACAAUAAUGCCUUUCAAUUCCCUCCACAACCUUUUAGCACUCUGUAUUCGGAUGCUUUUUCGAAUAUGGGUUUAAAAUACAACCUAAGUCACGACAGCAGAUUAGGACACCAUACCUCCAGCAGCGAAUCACUCAUUGGCAACCAUUUUAACGCCUCGGACCUAGGAAUACCACAGCAACGCUCGGUCCCUGAUGACUGUGCAUCCAUAAACUGCAGCAAAUAUUCGUGCUCAAGCGAGUGCUGUUCUACUCAGGUCUGUCAAGAAGAAGAAUGCUCCGGUGAUGGGACUCCCUGCGACGAUCUUCAUUGUUUCGACGGUACUUCUCAACCUCUUGACGAUAUGUGGGCUCUUAACCAAGGCUGGCAUAAUUCCCUACCGCCAGAGAUGGUGCCGACUUUACACAACCAGCCUUGCAACCAUACGAACACGGAACACGAUGUCGCUAUCACUUUACGGGAUUUGAGUGCGCCAGGUGCUUCAAAUACCCAGCAGCACCAGCAGGAGCAACAGGAACAUGACGACGGCUCACAGUCAGCAGAUUUUGCUCGCUCUCUAUCCUUGCCCGUCCCUACUCAUACAAGCCUUUCGCCCACCCCCGAUGUAGACUUAAUACCGCCUCUACUGGAAGAUUCUUUGAUGCAGCCGGGUAACAUAACCGAACAUAUAUGCCAAUGGGUUACUACCCCUGAGGGUUCAGGCGCCCAGGGGAGAAUCUGCGGGCAUGUUUGCCACGACCCAUACGCUCUUCACGAGCACCUAUGUAACGAUCAUAUCGCUUCGCUAUCAAAUAAGACGAAGUAUCUUUGUCUUUGGAAGGGUUGUACACGUCGUGGUGAUCAAGUAUUUGCAUCGCGUAACAAGCUUAGAAGGCAUUUAGCAACACACACCGCUUACAAGCCUCAUAAAUGUGAGAUAUGUGGUGAGGGAUUCUCAGCACAGCAGGCCCUUGACCAGCAUGUCAGAACACACACUGGCGAGACACCAUAUAAGUGCGACUAUGAAGGUUGUGGCAAGGCUUUUAAACAGAAGAGCGCCCUAACAAUGCACAAACGCACACACACAGGAGAGAAGCCGCUAGAAUGCGAUAUAUGCGGCAAACGGUUCUGCGAAUCGUCCAAUUUAUCAAAACAUAGAAAGACGCACAAUCCCGAUUUUAAAUUCAAGUGUGAUGAACCAGGUUGUGGGAGCCAAUUCAUAAGAAUUGAUCAACUUCGAAGGCAUCAAGCGAGGCACGAUAGACCAAAGAAGAAACAGAAGGCUCGCACUGCGGCAGGAUCAUCAUCUUCCGUCUCUCCUACAUUACCAGAAACGCCGCAGGAUUCUAUCCUGCUAGACCACGAGCAGCAGAUUCGAAUCAAAGUAUAACGGCCUUAAAUAUACUUAUAGGUAACCCGGCCUAAGCGUUAAAAAUCGGGAUCGGCGAAGGCACGCCAGAACACUUUUUGGGCAUGACUAUAUUAAUAUCGUCAAUCCAAUCGGUGCAUAUCAGCGCAGGAAAUGCCAGUCCAAGAGAAAGGUGCGCCAAAUUCCGGCAAGGGCUAGUCAGCAGGACACUUGCUCGUUCAUAUACUUUGU